AGCAUUCAACAUACUUAUCCAAUAAUUCACUAGCACAUACAUGUCAGCUCAAGACCAUCUCGAUUCCCCAGAACUGCGAUUUCCAUCGGCGGAGAUUAAUGACCCCACACCGCAAAGAAAAUCUGGUGAACUGGACGAUACUAAAGUCAAGCGUGCGACUGUAGCUUGCAACGCCUGUCGUGCUAGGAAAAUCAAAUGCUCGGGUGAUAAACCGAUAUGCACGACCUGUGCUAAAGGAUCAGUACGAUGUGAAUAUCCGACUGUUCGGAAGCGGAAGCGGGAUAGUACUAAGAAGAAGAAGGAUUCUGGUAGUGAUCAACUCGAUCCGGCACUGGCUGCUCCAUUAUUCACUCAAACUUCAAAUAUGCCAGAGUCCACGGCGGGGACAUCUCCAUUGGAUAGUAAUCCUUUCGCGCCUCCAUUUAAUCCUUUCGCCGUUACACCGCAACAUGCUUCGACAUCGUUCGUCGCCCAUUCCAUUCCGGAUUGGGCUCAAAGUCCAUGGAAGAACAUUACUGGAGGCGAUAUAGUGGGCCAGGGGAUGGACAAUGUUGAUCAAAGUACCCUAGAUAUCCUCUCUUGGGACUUAGGUGCGAAAUUUCCUUCCGGAACCGAGCCAGGCACUGGCAAUCAUACGUCCACAUCGGACAUUGAUUCCGGUCGCAUGUGGGAAAAUACAAGCAGUACAUCGAAUGUGGACCGUCGAUCAGGUGCUCACCGAAAGGCUCGCUUCAGAGUGCCCUAUUUCCGAUUCUUUGGACCUACUGCCAUAGCCCCCGGGUACAGACAAGUGGUUUGCGAUGUAUCCGCUCCCGUAUCCCCAACUAGAGCACCUUCCGAUUUACCUUGGGAUCCGAUGUUGCAAAACGAUCAAAUGAUCAUGGCAUCCGAUGGAGAAUCGCCCUCCAUUGAUGCCCUCAAACAACUCUUGCCGAUUUUCAAACUUCAUUUCGGUUAUUUCUUUCCUUUCAUAGAUUUAUCAAUCGAUGAUCAGGGCCUCCUAUUAUCUCGUCCUCCAUCUCAUUUGCUGAACAUUGUUUGUGCCUUGGCGGCGAGACAUUCACAGGUGUAUGGAAUGCAAUCUUUACUAGGGGGCGCGGACACCGGUUCUCCAAGAGAAAUAUGGGCAUCGAAAGCCAAAGGACAAGUGCCUCGGAACUUGGCGGUUGCAUCGAUAGAGAUGGUGCAAACAUUGUUGCUCAUCAGUUGGUAUGAGUUUUCCCAGGACAGAGAUGGGGGUCUAUGGAUGUAUUCGGGUAUGGCGCUGCGAAUGGGUCAGGACCUUGGUCUUGACACCUUCAAGAAUCAGAUACCAUCAAGUGACAAUCCAGACCAGCACGCUCACCAGUCAUUACGAUGUGCACUGUUCAUGAUGGAUGCCAUUAUGACUAUUGGCACUGGUCGAGCGGGGAUGUAUAAAACCAGUUUGGACCAGGUGCCUUCCCUUCCACCAUUCACAACACCCAGCGGACUCACUCUCACAAACCCAUACCCAUACAUGACACGCAUCUUCUCGCUUGCAGAUCAUGUCACUCGUAUAUUGGUCGACAAAUGCACAACCACAAUCGACGAAGCGGCUCUUGAACAAGCUCAAAGCCGGCUGAACGAAUUUCACACCUCAUUACCGGCUGAUUUACGGUUCGAAACUUCUGCAUUCCAGAAGUACGCCGCGAUAGCUCAAGGUGGAGCAUUUGUACUGCUUAAUUUGUGGUUCCAUACAUUAAUCAUUCUUGUAUACCGUCCGUCGCUCUUGGUUUCCCCAAUCCCACAUGAGAGUCGGCAACAGUAUGAUGUUGCCGGGAAAGAGGUGUCUGCGAGCUCGGCAAAAACCAUUUUAGAUAUCGCAAUCUUUGCAGAAUUAAUAGAUCCCAAAGCCAUCACGCAGCCCUGGAUCAAUUACCCUCUCUACAUUGCUGCUCGAACGUUUCUUUCGCAAAUAGCUCCCAGUCAGUCGGGGCAAUCAGCAGACCCAACGGCUGGCGAAAUUCAUAUCGCCAAAACAGCACGUGCAAACUUUCAACGAAUUAUCAGUAUUUUCGACGGAUUACAGCCGUACUGGAAUGGUGUGCGGUAUAUCCGCAGUGUACUUCUUCAAAAGGCAGAGGGCGUCAGCCAAGUCUCUCUUAUAGAUGGAGAAAAUGAUGUCAUGUCGCCUGAUACAUUGCCCCCGGAAUUGGCUGCAAUCCUUGCAGGGAUGACUAAUGAUCGGAGACAAGACGUGCUCGGAAUGGGAUUGACAGGAACUAUGAAUUCGCCUUCGGAUAAUUUGUGCAGCUUGAUUCUCGGCACUGGCACUGAGGGGUAAGCGGCGAGGAUGAAAGAUGUAAGGAUAGGAAGUUACGAGGGUUAUAGAGGUUGCAUUAUUUCGUUGUUUAAUUUAUUGGGUUGUCGUGUGUGUUACCCGAAUGAAAGAAACUAC